GGAGCUCUUCAAUUUGUGUCGAUAGAGAGUACAAAAAGUAUGACGUUAUUAGCUUAUGUAACUUUUUCGGCUGCUUCUUGACACGUGUGACCAGCUCUGCAGGACGGAGGGUGGCUGAAAUAUGGUGGUGUCUGUUGAUGUUAUCCACACAUUCAAAUAUCCACUCGAGUUUGUCGUGAACACUCAUUUUACAAAGUAUCCAAAUGACAAAGAGAAAUAUGUUCAGAAAAUUGUUACUAUCGAGCAAAGAAUUGACAAGGACAGCGGAAUUAACUACAGAAGGAGGAUAGCAACAUGUCAUAAUGUCGUACCAGCUGUCCUUCGUCUGAUAAGUGUUUUAAAUGUGAAGGAAUUUCUCCUGGAGGAGAAGGCUUGGCUGAAUUCCAAGAAACGAUCUCUUCAUCUUAAAAGUCGCAAUCUCACCUGGUGUAAAUAUGCAAAUAUGUGGGAAGAGUCCGAGUUCAGGCCUUGUCCAGAAAAUCCGAAGUGGACACAGUUAAAGCAACACGGAGUUAUCGAUAUUCAAGGCAUCGGACCAUUUGGUAGAGUGAUUGAACUAUUUGCUGAAAAUUUCCUCCACGCAGGUGUGAAAAGAGGUCUUGGUAUCAUGGACGAUUUGUUGUUGGAAAGAUGUCAAGCCGACCUAACGGAAAUACGAAUUUGACAUCAGAGAUGGAUUCUUAGAUAAAUCAUGGGUACCAAUAAUAAUACUCCAGCUUGUCUACCUCUAUUGUGUGGAGACGACAAUGAGAUUGUGAGGAGAUGACAAUGAUAUUUUACACCGUACGCUCGGAGCGUGUCUUGCCUAAAUGACUCUACCUCUGUUGUGUGGAGAUGACAAUUUUACACGGUACGCUUGGGGCGUGUCUUACCUAAGUGAUUCUACCUCUGAUGUGUCGAUAUGACAAUGAUAUUUUAUACGGUACGCUCAGAACGUGUCUUGCCUAAGUGACUAAAUGUAUAUGUCCGUGUCAGUUAUUGCAGCCAAUAUUUGUGCCAUUAGGUCCAAACAGUUUAGUCGUGAAGUAACCUCUCCAGAGUAUGUAUUUGGAAGAAGAUAGUUCGCACACAAAGGAAGGAGAUCUCGCAUAUUACCUUAGCCCGAGUUUCCUCUGGCCUUGACACUCAGGCUAAUAGUACAUGUACAUCUGUUACAUUUCAGCAAAAACAAACGACAUCCGACAAUGGAUGGUUUACCUCUCUCUGACGCAUCAACAAUUCAUUUGAUUAAUAGAAACACUCUGUAAGGACUAAACACGAAGACAGUCAGGACUAAACACACACACAGUCAGGACUAAACACGUACAGUCAGGACUAAACACGUACACAGUCAGGACUAAACACGUACACAGUCAGGACUAAACACGUACACAGUCAGGACUAAACACGUACACAGUCAGGACUAAACACGUACACAGUCAGGACUAAACAUACACAGUCAGGACUAAACGUACACAGUCAGGAAUAAACGUACACAUUCAGGACUAAACACGUACAGUCAGGACUAAACACAUACACAGCCAGGACUAAACACACACAGUCAGGACUAAACAUACACAGUCAGGACUAAACACGUACAGUCAGGACUAAACACAUACACAGUCAGGACUAAACACGUACACGGUCAGGACUAAACACGUACACAGUCAAGACUAAACACACACAGUCAGGACUAAACACGUACAGUCAGGACUAAACACGUACACGGUCAGGACUAAACACGUACAGUCAGGACUAAACACGUACACAUUCAGGACUAAACACGUACACGGCCAGGACUAAACACACAGUCAGGACUAAACAUAUACAGUCAGGACUAAACACGUACAGUCAGAACUAAACACGUACACGGUCAGGACUAAACACGUACACGGUCACGACUAAACACGUACACGGUCAGGACUAAACACGUACACGGUCAGGACUAAACACGUACACGGUCAGGUCUAAACACGUACACGGUCAGGACUAAACACGUACACAGUCAGGACUAAACACACACAGUCAGGACUUAACACGUACACAGUCAGGACUAAAUACACAGUCAGGACUAAACACACACAGUCAGGACUAAACACACACAGUCAGGACUAAACAUACACGGUCAGGACUAAACACAUACACAGCCAGGACUAAACACACUCAGUCAGGACUAAACACACAGUCAGGACUAAACACGUACACGGUCAGGACUAAACACACACACAGUCAGGACUAAACAUACACAGUCAGGACUAAGUUGUAAUGUACAUUGUACGGUUGAAUGCUGCACAAAGAACAAUAUCUACUUGAUUGGCAGCAGUAAAUAUAUGCACCUUUUGAUGUGACCUUUUUUGUUGUAUUAAUAAAAAUAGAUUUUUA